AAAUUAGGGACUCCUGCAUUAAAUUGUCCCGAACACCAAAUAAUUAGAGGAAGUCUCUGUUCGAUYGAAGUACAUUCAAGAACAAAUGCCAUCGGAAUACCAUUGUCAAUAGACAAAAUAAUUGGGGAAAGAAAUUCAACCUCAGAUAAUGUCUUACAAAUAAAUAUCGCCGAGUUUUACAAAUAUGGAUAUAUUCAAAAUAAUAGUCGUAUGAACGUUUAUUUUGAUUCAAAUUACUGGGAACAAUCAAUUAUUGGACCUACAGGAGAAGAAUGCAAUUUUGACGCUGUUACUCCUAGUAGUCCUAAUAUGAUUUUUACAGAAUACGUCCUAAAUGAAUGUAUUAAAACAUUAGAAUAUAAAUAUGAAAGACAUUAUUAUCCAUACUCGGCUAGAGAUGAAGUUCAUCAGAMAUUUCUCGAGGUUCAUUGGAAGCCAAUUAAAAAACAAAGUUGCAUAUCMAUUACAUAUUUUCACAAUUUAGAUUCUGAUAUGGAAAUUAUUAUGAGUAUAUUCAAUGAAAAUGAUACGAUAAUAACUUCACCAAUAUUAGAAAAACAAAUGAAGAAGAAGUUAAAGUUAUUUCCAGGAAUAAUACUGGUAACUAUUGGUGUAAAUCUCAGGAACUCUUCAAUAUACUCGGAAAUGGUAAGAACACAAAUACGUUAA